AUGUACCGUUCCACUAAAGGAGCCUCGAAAGCUCGGAGAGAUCAGAUAAACACAGAGAUAAGGAACCUGAGGGACUUGUUGCCUAUCUCCGAUGCGGACAAGGCACGCCUCUCCUAUCUACACAUCAUGUCCCUUGCGUGCAUGUACACGAGAAAAUCUGUCUUCUUCUGCCAAGAGGCAGCUGCAGCUGGCAGUGCUGAGGAAAGUGCAGGAUUCUUCUCAUUUCACGAGCUUUCUGAGCUGGUUCAAUCAAUGCCAGGGUUUCUGCUGUUACUGACUGCAGAAGGAAAGCUACUUUACCUGACGGACAGUGUCUCUGAGCACCUUGGACACUCAAUGGUAGAUUUGGUUGCCCAAGGGGACAGUGUGUACGACAUAAUCGACCCUGCAGACCAUGCCAUUAUGAGGAGUAACCUGGUGCCUCCAGCUUCCCCUGAUACUGAUCGAUUGUUCCGCUGCCGUUUCAACACUUCCAAGUCAGUGCGAAGGCAGAGUGCUGGCAACAAGCUUGUUUUGAUUCGAGCUCGUUGCUUGCCACCAGUACUUGGUCCUUCCCCCCCAGGAUCCUACUGGACUUCCAAUCCAGUGUGGGUGUGCUUUUGCGCACCUCUGGAACCCCACCCACCCCGACCCAGCACCUCCACUGAACAAUCUUUGACUCCAUUAUUGGAGAGCAGUUUCCUCCUGGUGUGUUUUCACUCACAACACAGUCGUGACAUGAGACUGCAGGAUGCACAGGAUAGUGUCAGUGUUUAUCUGGGUAUGGAUGUGGAGACUCUUCGCUCUCAAUCCUGGUACAGCCUACUGCAUCCACAGGACCUUACACAUGCUUCAGCUCAGCAUCGCAGCCUUUUGAGAGAAGGAGGAGAAGGCAGAGCUGAAAUGGUGGUUCGUGUGGAGGCUGUGGAUCAUUCAUGGGUUUGGCUUUACAUGGUCCUGCAGCUGGAGACUGGAGAGAACCCUAUCAGCAGCAACAAUUAUAUCAUAAGUGAGACAGAGGCCUGGGCAGUGAGGCAACAACUGAACUCUGAAGAGACCCAGCUGUCUGUGGUGCUGAGCACCAGCACCUCCCAACAAGACACCCUCAGCUUGCAGAGUCCUGAUACACUCUCCAGUCCUGACCAAGUGUUCACACCUGGGAGCAGUGGUCUUUCGGGUCAGUCGUUCGACUUCAGCAUGGCAGUGUGCAGUACAGGCUCUACAGAGGAACAAGGUGCAAGCUCUUCUCUUGAACAAAUACCACUGGAAAGUGGUCCACGCUCUAGUCUCUCCUCUCUGGAGGAAGAGACCUUGUUCCAGCAGCCACCCAGUGAAUCAAUGGAAAGGCCUUCAGCUGCUUCCUCCCCUGACACAGUUGCCACUGUGUCAGAUUUGGACUUCCUCACUCAGAACAUUCUCCUGCCCCCUGCUUUUCAGGUAGAUCCUCCACUACCUGCGCUGCCCCUUCCUUUACCCCCUGUGCCUACCUCCCAGGCCCAGCAGACUAAGGAGUUUGUGUGUACCCCUCCAUAUACACCUCAGCUAGGGAGCAGCAACUUUCCCUUUGGGGAACCCCUCUUCAGUUUUGAUCCCACUGGUGCCACCACGCCUCCACCCCUUCCACCAACUGCAACAGUCACAACUACAGUAGCUCCCACACUUUCUCCAUCUGCUCCCUCAAACCCUCAGGGGAGUCCUGCUCCUCCAACUACCACACUUUCUACCCUGGUGCCACUCACCCUGCCAGCUUUGUCUACAGAAAUACUCUUCCCUUCAGAGCCUUGUGGUGGCUCACUCUAUGAGAAGCUUCCUCCAACCCCAGACAGUCCAGGUGAUGGGGACUGCACUGUUAUGAGCCUGCCUGAGGUUCGCGGGCCACUGUAUGUUGAUGUCCCAUAUGGGCCACUCCCCUACCCACCUGAAGGCCUGCUCACACCUGAAACCUCACCUGGAAAACAGCCAAACCUGUCUUUCUUCUCACUUGAUCAGGAAAGAGAAAAAGAAAGAACUGAGAUCUCCAUUUUAGCCCAUCACAUAAGCACACUAGCUGAGGGCUUCUACCUGGAUCCUCUCCUCUCUAAGCUGUUAUCCUCUCCUAUCUCUCCUCGACCUUCAUCUCCCUCGCUUGACUCAGAAGGACCCGAGAUCAUCUCGCUUCUGGGUGAAUUCUACCCUGUCAAAUCCUGGAGAGGUCUGGACCUGCCCAUCUUCCCAGACGAUGACUCUCUGUUUGAAGAGAGUGUCUUAGAAACCAUCUUCCAAGAUCUCUCAUCACCAUCACUCUCUUCCACCCCUUCCUCUCCCUCCAGUCCUCCCUCUUCCCCACCAACUCCUGAGUGCUGGCAUCCACCCCUGCACUUUGACAGGGUCUCUACUCUGAGUGCCGGCCACUACUGUAGCGUCCAAUCGGCGCACUCUAACCAUGCGGCCGGGUGCGGGGCCACACUGUCGCCAGUCACCAAGGGUGACAUAGUGGAUGGGAAGGCGUCAGGCGAAGUUGCCAUGGAGACAGAGGUUGUGUCAUCACCACUGUCAACCAAUAUCCCGGCAUCUCCACCGCUACAGCUGACAGCCUCGCCUGUCACUCCGGUGCCUGUCGACUCACCCAUCAGCCCCGCAUCGCCUGGUCUGCCCUGCGCCCAGUCCCUCCUCGAGGAGCUGGCCGCCUUGGAACCCAUGUUUGGGGCAGGUGCCUCGAUCGCCCCUGGCCUGGGGCAACAAUCUGAGUUGUAUCAACUCCAAAGUCACCUGCCACAACAGUGCUUCCACAAAGAUGGGAGUGGAAGUGAUCCUCCGUUCUAAAAUAAGUC